GUGGUUUGGCUGCCCCCUCCUCCUCCCCAGUGUCGCGAGUUGGCGCCGCUGCCACCCCCCGGUCCGCGCUCUUGGCCACUCGGCCGGGCGGUACCGAGCCCUCCCGGCACUCCCCUCCUGUCUUCCCUCCGACCCUCCGGCCUGCCUUUCCCCGCGGCACUGCCACCCCCACACCUUCGCCCCAGCCCUCUUCUCUCCCCGCCGAGCCGCGGCGGCAGCAGCAGCAGCAGCAGCCAGAGGAGGAGCCGGAGGCGGCGGUGGCCGGGGAGCCCAUGGCGUACAGUCAGGGAGGCGGCAAGAAGAAAGUCUGCUACUACUACGAUGGUGAUAUUGGAAAUUAUUAUUAUGGACAGGGUCAUCCCAUGAAACCUCAUAGGAUCCGCAUGACCCAUAACUUGCUGCUAAAUUAUGGCUUGUAUAGAAAAAUGGAAAUAUAUAGGCCCCAUAAAGCCACUGCUGAAGAAAUGACAAAAUACCACAGCGACGAGUACAUCAAAUUUCUGCGUUCAAUAAGACCAGAUAACAUGUCUGAGUAUAGUAAGCAGAUGCAGAGAUUUAAUGUUGGAGAGGAUUGUCCAGUGUUUGAUGGACUCUUUGAGUUUUGUCAGCUUUCAACUGGUGGUUCAGUUGCUGGGGCUGUGAAGUUAAACCGACAACAAACUGAUAUGGCUGUUAACUGGGCUGGAGGAUUACAUCAUGCUAAGAAAUCAGAAGCAUCAGGAUUCUGUUAUGUUAAUGAUAUUGUGCUUGCCAUCCUUGAAUUACUAAAGUAUCAUCAGAGAGUCUUAUAUAUUGAUAUUGAUAUACAUCAUGGUGAUGGUGUUGAAGAAGCUUUUUAUACAACAGAUCGUGUAAUGACUGUAUCAUUCCAUAAAUAUGGGGAAUACUUUCCUGGAACAGGAGACUUGAGGGAUAUUGGUGCAGGAAAAGGCAAAUACUAUGCUGUCAAUUUUCCAAUGAGAGAUGGUAUAGAUGAUGAAUCAUAUGGGCAGAUAUUUAAGCCUAUUAUCUCAAAAGUGAUGGAGAUGUAUCAACCUAGUGCUGUGGUGCUACAGUGUGGUGCAGACUCACUAUCCGGUGAUAGACUUGGUUGCUUCAAUUUGACAGUCAAAGGUCAUGCUAAAUGUGUAGAAGUCGUAAAAACUUUCAAUUUACCAUUACUGAUGCUUGGGGGAGGUGGAUACACAAUCCGCAAUGUUGCUCGAUGUUGGACAUAUGAGACUGCUGUUGCCCUUGAUUGUGAGAUUCCCAAUGAAUUGCCAUAUAAUGAUUACUUUGAGUAUUUUGGACCAGACUUCAAACUGCAUAUUAGUCCUUCAAACAUGACAAACCAGAACACUCCAGAAUAUAUGGAAAAGAUAAAACAGCGUUUAUUUGAAAAUUUACGCAUGUUGCCACAUGCACCUGGCGUCCAAAUGCAAGCUAUUCCGGAAGAUGCAGUUCAUGAAGACAGUGGAGAUGAAGAUGCAGAAGAUCCAGACAAGAGAAUUUCUAUUCGAGCAUCAGACAAACGGAUAGCUUGUGAUGAAGAAUUCUCAGAUUCUGAGGACGAAGGAGAGGGAGGUCGUAGAAAUGUGGCUGAUCAUAAGAAAGGAGCAAAGAAAGCUAGAAUUGAAGAAGACAAGAAGGAAACAGAGGACAAAAAAACAGAUGUUAAAGAAGAAGAUAAAUCCAAGGACAAUAGUGGUGAAAAAACAGAUACCAAAGGAGCCAAAUCAGAGCAGCUCAGCAACCCUUGAAUUUGAGAGUCUCAUCACUUUCAGUGAGAAAAUAUUGGGAAGAAAAAUGUUUUCUUUUUGAAGACUUCUGGCUUCAUUUUAUACUACUUUGGCAUGGACUGUAUUUAUUUUCAAAAUGGCUUUUUUGGUUUUGUUUUUCUUGGCAAGUUUUAUUGUGAGUUUUCUAAUUACGAAGCAAAAUUUCUUUUCUCCACCAUGCUUUAUGUGAUAGUAUUUAAAACUGAUGUGUUAUUAUGUCAAAAAACUGCUCUAUUAAAGAAGUAAUUGGCCUUUCUGAGCUGAUUUUUCCAUCUUUUGUAAUUAUCUUUAUUAAAAAAUUGUACUUGGAUUGUCUUUUGUCUGUUUAUUACAUCAUGGAGUCUUUUUUCGUAGGCUAAUGACAUGACUGUUUCUGUAGAAAUAGAAUACACUAGAGGUGGAAGAUACUGAUUUGCAACUUCAAAGACAUCCAUAAACUAUUUCUUCAGGAAAUUACUGUAUUUACAGUAAUUAUUAUUUCUUAAUGUAAUAGGAGUUCUACAGUCUUGUUCUCUAUAGAUUAACCAGUCAAUGUUGGUGACAAUUGAUAUCUCAUUAUCAUAAUUUAUCUCUGAAAUUAAUGAUACAAGCUAUGCAAUUGAGAUAUAGGAAUUAUCUUUGAGCUGAACCAAAGAUUCUCAAAAACUGGAAAUGGAGAUUCUGAGUUAAAAGAAGAAAUCCAUAAUCAGAAAAGGAAACUAUAUAGCUUCCAUACUGAGCUAUAUGUGACUCUUGCCAAUCCCUACUAUAUACCAAGUAGACAAGAAAUUGUAUGGUUGUGUUUUACCAGAACUUUCCUGUGUUUAUAUUAAGGCUAAAAUAAAACCUGCUGUUUAGACAAAA